AUGGUGGCGAAGGCUAGCUCAGAUGGAGAUAUUGCUUCAACUGAGAUAACAGGGUCAACAAGUCAUAAUCCACCAAUUCCUGCAGAUUCUGAAUAUGUUCAGGAAGUGGCUGCUGACACGUGCAAGGAACCCAAGAAGAACAAGGUGAAGGAUCAAAGAAUCAAAACAGUACCCUUUUACAAGCUUUUCUCAUUUGCAGACUCUUGGGAUUAUUUCCUUAUGAUUGUUGGAACCAUAAGUGCUGUUGGAAAUGGAGUCUCUAUGCCUUUAAUGACUAUAAUUAUUGGAGAUACUAUUGACGCUUUUGGAGGCAAUGUUAAUACCAAACAAUUAGUUCAUCAAGUUUCCAAGGUGUCUCUCAAGUUUGCAAUCAUGGGUGCAUGCACCUUUUUUGCGGUGUUUCUGCAGGUGGCUUGCUGGAUGAUCACAGGGGAGAGGCAAGCUGCGAGGAUAAGGGCCUUAUACCUCAAAGCAAUUUUAAGGCAAGACAUAAGCUUCUUUGACAAGGAAACAAACAAUGGUGAGAUUGUUGGAAGAAUGUCAGGUGAUACAGUUCUUAUUCAAGAAGCUAUGGGAGAGAAGGUAGGCAAAUUCAUACAGUAUGUGUCAGGUUUUUUAGGAAGCUUAGUUGUGGCAUUCAUCAAGGGCUGGCUUCUAUCUCUUGUCCUUCUAUCUUCGCUUCCUUUUCUUGUCCUCUCCGGUUCCAUGAUGAGCUUUGCUUUCGCAAAGAUGGCAUCUCGUGGACAAACAGCAUAUUCUGAAGCAGCAACUGUAGUAGAAAAGAUACUCGGUUCAAUUCGAACAGUUGCAUCAUUUACCGGCGAGAAGCAAGCUAUAGCACAAUACAAUCAAUCCUUAACUAAAGCCUAUAAAAUUGGAGUGCAAGAGGGAUUGGCUAUUGGCUUAGGCCUUGGAUCGGUUCGUUUAUUUGUUUAUUGUACUUAUGCUUUGGCUGUAUGGUUUGGAGGGAAGAUGGUACUAGAGAAAGGUUACACUGGAGGUGAAGUCGUAAGCAUAUUUUUCGCAGUACUGACAGGUUCCUUGUCUCUAGGACAGGCAAUUCCAUGCUUAUCUGCAUUUGCUGCUGGACAAGCUGCAUCAUUUAAAAUGUUUGAAACAAUCAAAAGGAAGCCAGAAAUCGAUGCUUAUGAUACUACUGGGAGAAAGCUCGAUGACAUUCGCGGAGACAUAGAGCUUAGGGAGGUUUGGUUUAGUUAUCCUACAAGACCAGAUGAGCUGAUAUUCAAUGCAUUCUCUAUUUCAAUACCAAGCGGCACAACCGCGGCUUUGGUAGGGCAAAGUGGGAGUGGGAAAUCAACGGUUAUUAGUUUGAUAGAGAGAUUUUAUGAUCCACAAGGGGGUGAAAUUCUCAUCGACGGUAUCAACCUCAGACAAUUUCAACUGAAAUGGAUCAGACAGAAAAUAGGCCUAGUCAGUCAGGAACCGGUUCUCUUUAGCUGUAGCAUUAAAGAGAAUAUUGCAUAUGGUAAGGAUGCGGCAACUGAUGAAGAAAUCAGAGCUGCGGCAGAACUUGCUAAUGCUACUAACUUCAUCGAUAAGUUUCCUCGUAGACUUGAAACGAUGGUCGGCGAGCAUGGAGCUCAGCUUUCUGGAGGCCAAAAGCAAAGAAUUGCUAUAGCAAGAGCGAUUCUGAAAGAUCCAAGAAUUCUACUCCUUGAUGAAGCAACAAGUGCACUUGAUGCAGAAUCUGAAAGAGUGGUACAGGAGACACUAGACAAAAUUAUGAUAAACCGAACGACCAUCAUCGUAGCCCAUCGCCUUAGCACAAUAAGCAACGCUGAUAUCAUCGCUGUUAUUCACCAAGGAAAAGUAGUAGAAAAAGGUACACAUGCUGAGCUCACUAAGGAUCCUGAUGGAACUUAUAGUCAGCUCAUUAGGUUGCAAGAAAUUAAAAGGGAUUCAUCAGAACAAUGUGGUGCUAAUGACUCCGAUAGUAGUCGCAACUCAUUCGUAGUAUCGAAUUCUAUGCCCACCACACAAGUAAAAGGGUCUGAAAAAGUUCUUUCAGAAGUAGCAUCACAUGAAAAUAAAACUCCAGAUAUCACAUUUUUGCGCCUCGCUUAUCUUAACAAGCCUGAAAUCCCAAUGUUACUCAUAGGGACUCUAGCCGCAGCGCUAACUGGAGCAGUGCUACCUAUUCUGGGGCUUCUAGUCUCAAAAAUGAUAAAUACAUUCUUUGAGCCUGCAGAUGAACUCCGCAAAGACUCGAAGUUUUGGGCAUUAAUAUUUGUUUCCCUUAGCGUGGCAUCGUUUGCUUUUCACCCUUUAAGGUCCUACUUUUUUGCAGUAGCUGGUUCGAAGUUAAUAAAAAGGAUCCGAUUAAUGUGCUUCGAGAAAAUAGUUCACAUGGAAGUAGGAUGGUUUGAUAAAGCUGAGAACUCAAGCGGUGCACUUGGAGCAAGGCUGUCUACCGAUGCCGCUUUGAUUCGAACUUUGGUCGGCGAUGCAUUCGGUUUACUUGUUCAAGAUAUUUCUACAGUUAUCACAGCCUUGGUAAUUUCCUUUGAGGCAAAUUGGCAGCUUUCUCUCAUCAUUCUUGUUUUGCUACCUCUACUUUUAGUCAAUGGACAUUUGCAAAUCAAGUCUAUGCAAGGAUUCAGCACAGAUGCAAAGAAACUAUACGAGGAAGCGAGUCAAAUAGCAAAUAAUGCAGCAGGGAAUAUCAGAACAGUUUCGGCUUUCUGUGCCGAAGAGAAGGUGAUGGAGUUAUACCAGAAGAAAUGUAUAGUACCGAUCCAGACAGGAAAAAGGCAGGGUGUAGUCAGUGGAAUUGGUCUUGGUUUAGCAAUCUUUUUUCUGUUUUCUGUCUAUGCAUGCAGUUUUUACGCCGGCGCACAACUUGUUGAGAAUGGAAAAACAUCAAUAUCAGAAGUUUUUCAAGUAUUUUACUCUCUCACAUUGGCAGCCGCCGCGAUAUCUCAAUCCGCCUUCCUCGCUCCAGGAGCUAGUAAAGCAAAAGGUUCAGCUGCUUCUAUAUUUGCUAUUCUUGAUCAGAAAUCAGAAAUAGACCCUAGUGAUGAAUCAGGAAUGACACUGAAAGACGUGAAGGGAGAGAUCGAAUUCCAUCAUGUCACUUUCAAGUAUCCAACUAGACCUGAUGUUCAUGUGUUCAAAAACCUUUCCUUAACCAUUCAUUCCGGACAGACAGUUGCAUUGGUUGGAGAAAGUGGAAGUGGAAAGUCAACUUUGAUCUCAUUGUUGCAAAGAUUUUAUGAUCCUGAUUCAGGUUUGAUUAAACUGGAUGGCACAGAUAUCCAAAAGCUACAACUUAAAUGGUUUAGGCAACAAAUGGGCCUGGUAAGCCAAGAGCCUGUUCUAUUCAAUGACACCAUUCGAGCCAACAUAGCUUAUGGAAAAGGUGGUAACGCAUCUGAGGCUGAAAUUAUCACUGCAUCAGAACUGGCAAAUGCUCAUAAAUUCAUUAGCAGCUUGCAGAAGGGAUAUGAUACAAUAGUAGGAGAGAGAGGGAUACAGCUAUCUGGAGGACAGAAGCAACGUGUGGCAAUUGCAAGAGCCAUAGUUAACAGUCCAAGAAUAUUGUUACUAGAUGAAGCCACAAGUGCACUUGAUGCUGAGUCUGAAAAAAUGGUUCAAGAUGCACUUGAUAGAGUGAGGAUGGACAGAACAACCAUUGUGGUGGCUCAUAGAUUAUCUACCAUAAAAGGUGCAAACUCAAUUGCAGUUGUUAAAAAUGGAGUAAUUGAGGAGAAAGGAAAACAUGACGCAUUGAUCAACAAGGGUGGUGCUUAUGCUUCUUUAGUAGCACUUCACACAAAUGUUAAUGCUUCAUCUUUAUAA